AUGCCACGCGGCGUCGCGGACUCGCAGCGUGGCGAGCCCGUGGCGUACGUGUCGCCGGAGGGGCUCGGCAGCCGGCACGUGGCGCAUUCCGCGGUGCAUUCCUCCGGGCUCCGGCGUUAUCUUCGCCGGUUUCGCCAUCCGCUCACCAUUCUCUCUCGCUCUCGCAAAGACCCACCUCGCCUCACUCCUCCUCAGCUCAACCAUGGAGGCAAGGACAGCGGCGGCGGCGGCGGCGGCCGCCGCGGCGACCGCUGGACCAGAAUGUUCGACCGGCACCGCGCAGCCUACUACCGCCCCUUCGUCUCUCUGCUGGCGCCCCCGCACGGGCCGCCGGCGGGGGACGACUACUCCUCCUCGGGCUCGUCGUCGGACAUGGAGGACCCGCCGCACGAGCUCCCCGCCGCGGACCCGGCGCGCGGAGGCGGAGCUCCUCCUGUCGCGCCGCCUCAUCCACUCGGGCUCCCGCCCGCGCACCCGGCGCGCGGAGGCGGAGCUCCUCCGUUCGCGCACGUCGUGCCUGCCGAGCUCCCGGCGCGCGCAGGCGGAGCUCCAGCUCCUCCGUUCGCGCGCGCCGUGCCGCCUCCGCUCAUACGGGCGGCGCUCGGCGGCGCCGCCCCCCGCGGCCGGUUGGACCUCGACCCCGCGCACCCGCGCCGCUUCCGCUACCAGCUCGGGGUCGGCGUUGGCGGCCGCCGACAGGCUGGUGAUGGCGGGCGGGGCGGCGCCGCUCUCCCGGGGGAGAUCUACAACGCGCUCAAGGCGAUCCAACCCCCGCCUGACCCGCGCCGAGCUGCUGCGAGCCUACAGCGCGCUCGUCCGCGACGACCGCCAGUUCAGGUCGCUCAUGGCGCUGCCGGAGGACAUGAGGAGGGACUGGCUGCUCAUGGAGGUCCCGGAUCGGAGGCAGUGAAGGUGAAGCCCUGCUGGCUGGCUGUUUGCCGCUUCUGCUCCGCUCGUAGAUCGAGCUCCGAGCUCGUAGCUAAUGCUGUGUGCUUGACUAGUAGUAGUAGCUUGUGGUAGCUAGGCAUCAGUAGAAUUUCCUUCACUAGAAUUACUCCUGCUGGACCAUGUAAUGCAGCGUCGUCGUCUGUGAUGUUGUAAUGUGAAUUAUUAUUGUUCCUCUCAA